AUGUCGAAAGAAGCAGCAAUCGCCCAUGAGGAGCGGUCCUCAGGGCAAUAUGCAACUCCGUUUGUGGAAAAUGCGGCUUUGGAGAGGAAAUCACAGGAUUUUGUGGAAAGUCGACCUGCGUCUUAUUCCGCCCUUGUUUAUCAUGUACAUUCUCAAUUCAUUGGAAAUGCGAAGGAGGCCGGCAUGGCGGACGCUUUGCAACUCAGCUCCUCUGAUUACUCGCUUGCCGUCUCUAUCUUCUUCAUCGGAUACCUUCUCCUGGAAGUCCCCAGCAACAUGAUUCUUAGCCGGACUAGGCCCAGCCUCUACCUCCCGGGUCUUAUGAAAGAAUAUGUUAGAUUCAACAACAAGUCUGACCGCGAAUGUUGCAGCAUUGGUUAUACCGGAGUCAAUACGAAAGGUGGUCUGAUCGGUCUCCGAUUCUGCCUCGGUCUGAUCGAAGCUGGCUACUUUGUAGCCGGCUUGAUUGUGGACGACAUGCAACAUCGUGGAAGUCUUCCCGCAUGGAAGUGGCUGUUUCUGAUUGAGGGUGUCAUCUCAGUAGGAUGUGGCAUCAUUGCCCUAUUCAUCCUGCCGGAUUUCCCCGCUACAACGAAAUGGCUCACACCAGAAGAGCGAGAGUACGCCAUCCGUCGUCUGGAGCAGGACCACAAUUCGAGUCGAGCGGGUGACAUUACUCAUCUGCAAAGUUUCUUGUAUGCAAUCAAGGACUGGAGGACUUGGCUUUUCAUGGUUGCUCAGAGUCUGUGCACUUGCGCUGGCACAAUCACCUACUUCAUCCCAACCUUGAUGGCCGCCCUGGGCUAUAAGGGUAUGGAUGUGCAAUACAUGACAAUUCCUAUCUAUAUGGUCGCGCUGGUAAUCGUCCUCGUGUGUUGCUUCUCUUCUGACAUGCAGAAUGAGCGGCCCAAACACAUCAUGGCUAUGGCCACCAUGUCCACUGUUUCUUUGAUCAUCGUUGCAGCUGUCAAAAAUUCCAAAGUCCGAUAUGCGUUUCUGGCAUUUGGAGCUGCCGGGAUCUGGUGUUGCAGUCCUUUGACUCUCAGUUAUCUAUCGAACACAAUCUAUCGGCCGGCGGAAAAGCGUGCUGUGGCUAUUGGCUUUGUGAAGUAUUCAUUUUUACAGUGCCUUGGCAAACCUAUCUUCUGUCUACAUCCUGACCGUGUUCGCAGUGGAUCCUACAUCUGGCCCUCCAAUACUGCGCCGGCGUACAUCCCCGGCUUCUCGGUGAGCACGUCGCUGAUGUUUGGCUGCAUUGUUACUGCACUUCUCCUCAUGGUCCUUACGAAGAGGUAUCCCUACGAGCUUACGCGAGAUGGAGGUGGCGAAGAGCGGGUACACUCGGGUGAGGUUAGCAGCGGAGAGAUGUAUGGCGUGUAUUAUGGGUCCUGCACCAACCAGGACUGCUGGCAUAGAAUUAGAAAUUGCCCGUUUUGA